AUUUACUACCUCAUCUACCCACCGAAAUCAUCUCAAUUUGCAACUGGUGGGUAGGGGAUUCUUUUCAACGUCACUUCGUCAAAUGCUCUUUUAUCUGCUCGCUUCUUUCUUUGCAAUAUGUCUAAUCCAUUAGCUUACCGUUCCUCACGGCCGGAACUAUCAUCAUCUUCACCUUUGGCCAAUUUGCAAGAUCUAUCAUCUUCAGAACCUCUUUCGCCUGGUUCACCCACACCCGCUUUCAGAAGGUCUAUUGGCAGUGCAUCAACCACUGCUACUUUGACAAGUUUGGAUUCGUCUUAUGAUAGUUCUCAAAAUCGUUCAAAAAGGACAAACGCGUUCCUCUUAUCGCCAAACAAUUCCCAUCCUGAUCCAUUCAGUGGCAAUGCAAAAGCAUCUCCAAAUUCGCAUCCAUCAUUUGGAAAGGAUCAGAUGAGAGCAAAACAUUUACGGAACUCUCCGAAUGCAAACGCUUUAUUCGCUACUACUAGCAGCUCUCCUUCUUGGCAACGAGAUGAUCAGAUCUUAGGACGGCAUUUCCAUGAUUCGUCAGACGAUCAUCCUAGCAGUGAUGAUGUUGGCGAAUUUAGUCUUGGCAAAUCAACAUCAAACGCUGGAUGGGAAGGUGCGGGAUUGGGAAUCAGAGAUUCAUCACUCAUGCCGGGUCAAGAUGCAUCUUCAGUUCUUGGAGCUGCAUUCCAAGAGCCCACUUCGCCAACAUUAGGCAAAAAGCCUAGAGCAAGAACAUUUGAACGUACUCAAUCCAGUAGUCAUGACCCUUUCAGCGCGAUUGGCGGUUCAAGCAUUCGUCCACCUCACUCUUCUUCUUCGGCUGACCGAUCAUAUCCAACGGAAGGAUCACCGCGUGCACAGGUCAUCCGGCAAAGAAGACGACUUGCCGGUUCUUCUCCACAGCAACUUACACGUAUUGGUGGAAAGUUUGCAAAUCACACUCAGAAUGGAAAUGGAAGCGAUAGUGAUGAACAAACGCCUCGAAAAUGGGAAAGGGUGGUAUCAGGAUCAUAUUUGCAACAACAACAGCAUCACGCUGUGAAUAUACCCCAAGUUAUUUCAAAUAUGAUGGGAAAAGGAGAGCCUAUCUUGAAUCUAGAAGAAUCCGACUUAUCUUCAAUCGAUCCAUCUAUCGCCGAUUUGUCCAAAUACGUUAGGAUACCAAAUUUAAGGCGAGACGAUGAGCUCAGUCGUCCGGCAGGCGGGUUUUCCAGAACAUCUUCAUUGGUGAAUGCCGAAAGGCUGGCAGGCUCUCCGAUCAAUUCACCUUCACGAAAUAAGUUGUCGAGCAGCGGAGCGAACAACAAAUUAGAGUUGUAUUUGGCAAAGAAUAAUCUUCGUACAAUAUCAAGCGCACUAUUCUCAGUGACAAAUUUGACGGUAUUGUCUGUUCGCGGGAAUAAGUUGAAAGAGCUGCCGCCCGCUAUUGGAGACUUGAAGAACUUGACAGAGCUCAACGUAUCCUCAAAUGAAUUACGAUAUUUCCCAAGUGAAAUACAAAAGUUGCGUCUUACCAAAUUUGCCUAUUUUCCAAACAAGAAUCUUUUUAAACCUUCGCAAGAUGCCAGACUUUCCGUUCGAGCAUCACUCGGACUUCAUAAUAAGAUGACCGUUGCAGAGAUACGGAAAUUGGAAGAAGAGAAAGCACAAGCUCCUUCUAGCUCUAUUCCUGGAAGUAUGGGUCCACCUGCUCUUCCUUUUCGCAGUAGACCUUCAAUGCCAAGUCAGCCCAGUUUUGCAUCUGGUUUCUCACAGGGUGACGCAAGCACAAGUGGGGGCGAGAAAGCAGUACAACUAAUUGUUCGGGCGAUUGAGCCGAACGAGACUGUUUUAGCAAAUUUAACACCCAUCAAAGAGUUGUGUAUAAGAGCUCUUCUGCAGCCUGAUGGCGAAAGACAUCAAGGUGGAGGGCAAUCGUCAUCAAAUAAUGGCAAAGGAACAGCAACGAUGCUGGACCGAUAUGAGGCAGGAAGUGUGUCGAAUAUGCGUUAUAAGGUGGAUAGAGACGAGAUCAAAACACUUGAAGCUGCUCGUAGAAGUGCUGCUGGCGUUUGGGGUCAAUUCCGUAUUUCUUCAGAUAGGUGGUGUUCAGGAGAGAUUCUAGUGAAGGAUGAAAUUCCAACUCGAUCUCGUCAUUCAAGAACAACAUCAAAGGAUGUAACGUUUGAUGAAGAUGCGACUAUGAUGCCUGAUGAGGACGGAGGAGAAGCAAGCGGAGAGAUGAGCAGCACAGAUGAUGAACGACAAACGGAAAAAGUCGUUGAUGUGGAAGCCGAAUUGGAUAAAGGAGACGAUGCGAUGCGAAAUCCAUGGUUCAACAGAUGCCCUAAUCCCAGGCAUAAAUUGUCCAAUGAGGCAUUUGAGGAAGAUGAAGAAUGCGACUGGCCGCCGAAUGACAUCAGUCGAGUUUUUGGCCAACCAUGUGUACAAAGAAUCGAAUGGGUCAGUCAUAUCGGUGGUUUCCCAGUGAUCAACAAAGGAGUGUAUAAAGAAGCUCUUGCUGCAGAUGCACUCCAAAAUUCUCCACCAUCGAAUUCACAAGAGAAGGAUGCAAGUCCCGUACCUGAUAAACGACCUCUAGCGCAAGGCAGCGAUUGUCUUCCAAUCUUAUGGCGUGGAUGUAUGAGAGGUUGCCUCAACUUUUUAGAAGAUGCGGCGAAUUGAAGUUGAGAGAUGUUCUUCUUACUCAGUAUCAUACUUGUACUUUUAUCACAACCUAAAUGCUUAUACCAGAUCUUUUGCCG